AUGGAAAAAACUACAUAUUCCUCAUUGAUGAAUGAGGAGGACGAUGAGAAGGAUGAGGAGGAUGAGGAGAAGAAGGCGGCAAUAGAACCUUCUUCAAAGAUUUUGCAUCCUCAAGUGUUGUCAGUGACAGGAGCUCCUCCUACAGUGACAGGAGCUUCUGUAGAACCAGAAGAAAUAUCCCAAACUGAAGAGUUACCAGUCAUCCAGGAGGUGAUAGAUACGCUCCCUCUCCUGGAUGUGCUGAGGAUUUCUGCAGUUCUGGAGGACACCCUGGAACAGCUUGCCAUCUUAAAAUAUAUUAUGCCGGGUCCAUAUGAAAGGAAGAAACAGAGCCUGCAUAAACCAAGCAAAGAAAUGAAUGUUGUCAUUCAAAGCCUGGACCGACUGCAAACAUCUAUCAUGCAACAGAGAAAAUCUGGCACAGCAGCUGAACUAGAAGCAACCAAGUAUAUUACCCGGAAAAAUCAACCCAAGCUUAAAAAGUCUGAAGAUAAGAUGGCAGAUCACAUAACUAAAAGACCUGCAAGGCAAACCAUCCUGACUUUAGAAACUCUCAGAAAAGUUCAAAUUGAUAGAGAGUAUGCUAGCAAUGUAAUAUCAAGCACUGUAAAGGAGAUGCAGGAGUUGGGGACAUUCCACAGUCUUUUGAAAGCUUUGGACAAAGAAAAGGAAAAAAAAACAAAUUUCUGUGAAAUCAUUGCCAGAGAGGAGAAAGGGAGAAAACAAAUAAGAUAUCUCCAGAAAGAGCUUCAGGAUGUCAAAAAAGAUCGGCAAGUAGAAACACAGAGUCGGGGUGAAUAUAUUGCUCAUCUUAAGGACCAGCUGCAAGAGUUGAAGGCAAAGACGAAUAUGGAGAGCCGAUAUGUGAAGAAAAAUACCGACCUGCAGGUUGCCCAGACCCAGAAAAAAUGCGGUAAAGAUGAAGAGAUCCUGCUGGAAGAGAUUGAUAAACUAAGACUUAAAAUUGAUGAAGAGAAUCGAGUCCACCUAGAAAUUGAAAACUUCCUCAAGAAAGAACAGCAGAAACUGGAAGAGAAGUUGGAGUACUGGAUGGAGAAGUAUGAUAAGGACACAGAAAUGAAACAGAAUGAACUGAAUAGUCUGAAGGCGGCAAAGGCCAGUGACUUGGCCACCUUGCAGGACCUUGCAAAACAGUUAAGAGAGUUUGAACAGGUGAUCAUAGAAGAUCGCCUGGAGAAGGAGAAGACCCGGAAGAAGAUCGAGCAGGAUGCCCUGGAACUGAAGAGCAUUAUAAAGCUCCAGGCCUGGUGGAGAGGCACUAUGAUACGAAGAGAACUUGGCAAUUUCAGGAUGCCCAGGAGGGAAAAAGACGACAGCAAGGAUGCAAAAGGCAAGGGAAAUAAGCCUCCAAAGAAGAAAAAGUGAUGGUGCUCUUCUUGGUUCUUGUUUUUCUUUUCUUCUUUUGGAGGGUUGGGAGGUAGAAAGAAGGAAUUAAAAGGGGCAAAAACCAUGGCAACUGGAUGUUAUUUCUUGCCUAAACAACCUCCCAGGGAGGGGAAGGACUUGACAGUGAUCCUUGAUGAUUUCACAUGUUCUUUUGAAAUUAACUCCCGAAACAAAAUUAUUUUCAACCUGAGAGGUUAGGACAAAGUUGGGAUUUCUUUAUCAAUUUAGUUCCUUAUAUAAUCUGACCUUAUAUUGAGAAGGAUCUUUUCUAGGAGUUCCAGGAAGAUUCCUCUCUCUCUUGACACCAGUACAUCUAGAACAAUCUCUGUACCCAUUUACAGCGAAACUGUUUCA